AUGUUGAGGCCAUCCGCCGUCAUCACGGCAUGUUUAUUGCUUCUGUUCUUCGCGUUGGCAUAUGCAGAAUCGUCAGACCAAGCUUCUCUCUAUGCUGAUACUUCUUGCAACUCGGACUUAUGCCUUCGCGUUGUUUACAGCCCCUCUGAAAAGAGGAUGAACAUGACCAUGUCUGCCAAUGGUGGUGGUGCGCCUAUAGGGUGGUAUGCCGUUGGUACGGGCAAGCAGAUGGACGGAUCCAAUAUGAUGAUCGGAUGGGUGGACACUGCAGGCAAGGUUGUCAUGUCUCAACGCACUGCUUCCGGACAUACCAGCCCCACCACUAGCAUCACGGCAUUGACUGCCACGAUGGAGCCAAAGCAUUCGUUUUCUAACAGCUCUGGAACCGUCUGGACUUGGUCAUUCCCCAUGUCUGGCUCCGACGCCACGCCUUCGGCAUCGACGCCGUUCAUUUGGGCCUCAAACAAGGCUGACAACCCCAGUUCAAGCACAACCGCAUCUAUCAAACGCCACACAGCCUUCGGUUCGAUCACUCUGGAUCUCACCAAGCCCUACUCAGCGUCGUCGUCGUCUGCCUCCAGCAGCAACACAGGAAGCAACACCCCUGUGACUCCAGCAACGGGUAGGGGUAAUGCGAGCAACCAGAGUCAAUCGAACCGUGUCUUGAACAGGGACAACAGUCUCAUCAUCGCACAUAUGGUCCUAAUGAUCGUAGCUUGGUUCAUCCUUGUGCCUACAGCCAUUCUCUUUGGUCGUUUCGGCCGUACCUUCUUCAAAUGGUUUCCUUUGCAUCGCAACAUCCAGAUCGCCGCGUUCUUGGUCGUGCUCAUCGCCAUGAUUCUCAUCAUCGUUAAAGUCGGAUCCGGCACCCAUUUUGACAGCACGCACGCCAAGGCCGGUCUCGCUGUCUUCAUCAUCAUGUGCUUGCAGAUGGUGCUCGGCGCUGUCGGUCACAAAACCAAGCGCUUCAACCCUUCAAGGAUCGUUCAUGUCGUCAUUGGACUCGGCAUCACCAUUGUUGGCAUUUGGAACGCAACCAGCGGACUCAAGCUCUGGAGCUGGGGUGCACCUCGAUGGGCGAACUGGAUCUUGUGGAUUUGGUUCGCCUUGCUUGCUGUAGCCUACUUGGCGGGCCUGGCGCUGCUUCCUCGCGAUCUGCAACAAUGGCGAGAGAAGUCUGGGAACUCGCGCGGUGAGAAGCAAGAGUACCUUGGUCUCCAGAACAAUUCUUCGCCAGGUGUCUCGACGCAGCAGCAAUCGCUGAACGAGCAGCCGACGUUGCACCCAGGCUGGGGCGCUCCGCCGCUGAAACAGGCACCCUCGCGAGCAUACCAAGGCUAUGCUCGGCAGCAUGUGUCAGAUAGCCGUAUUUGA